UUGUGGUGUCUGGGUGUUCUUAGAGUGAAUUAACCAUUUCUGGAAACCUACCAAACAAGAUCAAGAUGUGGGGAGACCAUCGACAAGGCAACAGAAUGGGGUCGUUUCGUGGGAGCCAAGAAGAAAGGUUUGCUCCCGGGUGGAACAGGGAAUAUCCUCCUUCCCUUGAUAGCCUUGCUCAAGAAAGACACUCUGGCAACUUCUCUGGCAGAGAAUCACUUCCUUUUGAUAUCCAGGCACUCACAGGCCUCCUCAAUCCUCAGUUUGCCAACAGAGAGGAACCUUCUUUCAGCUAUGGAGCUAGAGAUGGACCACGUAGUGACUUCAGAGGUGGGGAGGGACACCAUGAUUUCAGGGCCAGAGAUUUCCCACCAUCUGACUUCCAGGGCAGAGACGAGUCUCAGGUGGAUUUCAGAGGUAGGGAGCCACCCGCUUCGGAGUAUAGGGGCAGGGAUAUGUACUCUGGAGACUUUCGGGAGAGAGAAGGGCCCCCUAUGGACUUCAGGGCUGGGGACGUUCCUUCAGGGGACUACAGGAACAGGGAGACAUUCUGCAUGAACUACAGGGACAGGGAAGCACAUAACAUGGAUUACAGGGGCAGGGAUGAACCUCCAUCAGACUUCAGGGGAAGGGGAUCUUAUGAUCUAGACUUCAGAGGUCGAGAUGGGUCUCAUUCAGACUUUAGGGCAAGAGACAUGUCUGAGUUAGACUACAGGGGCAGAGAGCAUUCCUAUUCCGACUUCAGAAAUAGGGAUGUACCUGAUUUGGACUUCAGGGGUGUGGGCACCUCUGAUUUGGACUUCAGAAACAGGAACGCAUCAUCGUCAGACUUCAGAAACAGGCAGAGGUCCCGGUCUGAUCAGGAUUUUAGGAGCAGAGAUGUGGCUCCUCCUAUGGACUUUUCAGAUAGGGAAAUGCCUCCUGUGGAUCAAGGCCUUGUAGAUUUUAGACGCAACCAAUCUCCUGUACCAUUAGAAAGAGAGGGCUCUGGUUUAAGCACCAGCAAGAGAGACGAGUCUGCACUUGGUCUAGAUAGAAUUCCCUUUGGUAGCCAGAAAGGAGAAUUUCAACACUCUGAGGCACCAGCCAGAGAAGAGGAAUCCCUUGGAUUGGGUCUUGAAGAUGACACUUCACACAAUUUCCAGAAUAGCCGUGGACCUCUUCCUGCUCUUCAGGACCAAGAGGAGCAACCUCAGACCUUUGCUAACAAGCAACAACAGCAGCAGCUUUCAGGGGGAGAGCAGCAAAGAUCCGAUUCUGAUCUUGGGUUAAAGGGUGAAGGUGACCUGGAUUUCCUUGGAAGGCAAGAUACAGACUACCGGAACAUGGAGUAUCGCGAUGUGGAUCACCGGCUGCCAGGGCAUCAGAUGUUUGAUUAUGAACACGGCAAGUCCUUUUCAGAAGGAAAACCCAGCAAAGAUUCUAGACUCUAUAAGAGCCUUCAGGACCAGGAUUACCGGACCUGCCCCAAAUACAUGAAGCCCAGCAAGCUCAUUCGUCUAGGAGGAGUGCCUGAAAAUGCCACAAAGAAUGAUAUUCUCAAUGCUUUCCGAGGGCCUGAUGGGACACCUGUGAAGGACCUGCGACUGAAAGAUUACAGCUCAG